UAGUUUAGUUUGCCGGUCUCUCCAAGUCAAAACUUUAGCGUAUGUUUACAAGAUCUAUUGCGAAGUAACACAAAAUAAAGUAAGAGCUAUAGAUUCUGAGUUAUCUGCUCAACCGCAAUAACCAUAAAAAAUCGCACAUGAAUAACAAUAAAAAGGGAACAUGAACGAUUCCUCCGAUUCGGAGUACGAGGACACAGAGUACCUGGUAUUUGCGGAUUUCAAGAACCACAUUCAUCCGCACCAGCUGAAGCACGAGGACGCGGCCAUCAAGAUCAUUGGAAUCGAGAGUGACACGCCUAUGGCGGAGGUGAAUGGAAGCAUAUACCGGGGACGCUACGAACAUUCCGUGGGAACCAACGUAUUCUUCGAGAAGGAAAAAGACAACCUGGCAAGUGAUCCUCUCUUUGAGUCUGUGUGUCGCCAGCGGUACCAAUACGUGGACAAGUCCUCCAAGGUGAUAUCUUUUGAAAGGGUUUAUGUCGACAAUUUGCACCAGGAGGUCGAAAAAUCGGUUGAAGCUGAUGAGGACGAGCAGACCGAGUCAAAGCCAGAAUCAUUAAAGCUAAAUAUUACCUAUAAGGAGGCUAUCAAUAAGUUUGGAGAAGAGCAUUAA